ACAUACAAAACAAAACAAAACGCACACUCUGCACCACAGCUCAUUAGCAUACCUCAUUGUUAAGCUUCAAGAAAUGAACUAAACAAUAAUAAAAAUAAGAAGAAGAUGAGCAUUAAUGGCGUGUCGUAUCAGUCUUAAGAUAACUUAAACUCUCUUCACAAAACCAAAUACCAAAGCAAAGCUAAGUUAAAAAGCAAUUUGUUAUAGAGAAGCAAAAGCAACUGUGUCUAAAAGAACCAUUAAAUACAGUUUCAAGAAAGUAACUAACAAAGAGGAUUGAAAAAAAAAAAAAAAGAAGAAAAGAAUUCACAGUUUCAGGAAAAAAGAAAAUUAAGAAAUGGGAAGGAAAGAGAUUCUGGUGGUGUUCUUUUUUAGUGUUGUUCUUGCAGAGACAUCGUUUGCUGCUAAUGUGACUUAUGAUCAUAGAGCUCUGUUGAUCGAUGGCAAACGCCGAGUUUUGAUCUCUGGUUCCAUUCAUUAUCCUCGUAGCACUCCUGAGAUGUGGCCAGGUCUUAUACAGAAAUCAAAAGAUGGAGGUCUUGAUGUUAUUGAGACUUAUGUAUUCUGGAAUGGACAUGAACCAGUUCGUAACCAGUAUAAUUUUGAAGGAAGAUAUGACCUAGUGAAAUUUGUGAAGUUAGUAGCAGAAGCUGGACUUUAUGUUCAUAUUCGAAUCGGCCCAUAUGUUUGUGCAGAAUGGAAUUAUGGUGGUUUUCCUCUUUGGCUGCAUUUUAUACCCGGAAUCAAGUUUCGAACUGAUAAUGAACCAUUCAAGGCUGAAAUGCAGCGAUUCACGGCUAAGAUUGUGGACAUGAUGAAGCAGGAGAAGCUUUAUGCAUCUCAAGGAGGACCCAUCAUUUUAUCACAGAUUGAAAAUGAGUAUGGAAACAUUGAUUCAGCUUUUGGACCUGCUGCUAAAACCUAUAUCAAUUGGGCAGCAGGCAUGGCCAUAUCUUUGGACACUGGAGUGCCCUGGGUCAUGUGCCAGCAAGCGGAUGCCCCUGAUCCUGUUAUAAAUACCUGCAAUGGAUUCUACUGUGACCAAUUUACCCCAAAUUCUAAAAACAAACCCAAAAUGUGGACAGAGAACUGGAGUGGAUGGUUUCAAUCCUUUGGUGGUGCUGUUCCCUACAGACCAGUUGAAGACCUUGCAUUUGCCGUAGCAAGAUUUUACCAGCUAAGUGGAACUUUCCAAAACUAUUAUAUGUACCAUGGUGGGACUAACUUUGGCCGGACUACUGGUGGACCCUUCAUCUCUACAAGUUAUGAUUAUGAUGCCCCUCUUGAUGAAUAUGGACUUCUUAGACAACCUAAGUGGGGUCACUUGAAAGAUGUGCAUAAGGCCAUAAAACUCUGCGAGGAAGCACUAAUAGCCACUGAUCCAACAACUACUUCUCUAGGUUCUAACUUGGAGGCAACAGUUUAUAAAACAGGAUCACUAUGUGCUGCUUUUCUUGCCAACAUUGCCACCACUGACAAAACUGUAACCUUCAAUGGCAAUUCAUAUAAUUUGCCUGCAUGGUCUGUGAGCAUCUUACCAGACUGCAAGAAUGUAGCUCUCAAUACUGCAAAGAUUAACUCAGUGACUAUAGUUCCAAGCUUCGCCCGUCAAUCUCUGGUUGGUGAUGUUGAUUCCUCCAAGGCAAUUGGCUCUGGUUGGAGUUGGAUAAAUGAACCAGUAGGUAUCUCAAAGAAUGAUGCAUUUGUGAAAUCUGGACUACUGGAGCAAAUAAAUACUACAGCUGAUAAGAGUGACUACUUAUGGUACUCAUUGAGCACUAAUAUUAAAGGUGAUGAGCCCUUCCUCGAAGAUGGAUCUCAAACUGUUCUUCAUGUGGAAUCACUUGGCCAUGCCCUUCAUGCUUUUAUUAACGGAAAGCUUGCAGGUAGUGGAACAGGCAAGAGUAGCAAUGCAAAGGUUACAGUAGAUAUUCCCAUUACACUCACACCUGGAAAGAAUACAAUUGAUCUCCUAAGUUUGACUGUUGGACUUCAGAAUUAUGGAGCUUUUUAUGAGUUGACUGGCGCCGGGAUCACCGGUCCAGUAAAGCUGAAAGCACAAAAUGGCAAUACUGUUGAUCUCUCUUCACAGCAAUGGACGUACCAGAUUGGACUUAAAGGCGAAGAUUCAGGUAUCUCCAGUGGAAGUUCUUCAGAAUGGGUUUCACAGCCUACCCUGCCUAAGAAUCAGCCUUUGAUAUGGUACAAGACCAGUUUCGAUGCACCCGCCGGUAAUGAUCCCGUUGCAAUUGAUUUCACUGGAAUGGGAAAGGGUGAGGCCUGGGUGAAUGGACAAAGUAUUGGACGAUAUUGGCCAACUAAUGUGUCUCCAAGUAGCGGAUGCGCCGACUCUUGCAAUUACAGGGGAGGUUAUAGUUCAAACAAAUGCCUGAAGAACUGCGGAAAGCCUUCUCAGACAUUCUACCAUAUACCUCGUUCUUGGAUCAAAUCAAGCAGAAACAUUCUUGUGUUGCUUGAAGAAAUUGGUGGGGAUCCAACACAAAUAGCUUUUGCUACAAGACAGGUUGGAAGUUUGUGUUCUCAUGUGUCGGAAUCCCACCCACAACCUGUAGAUAUGUGGAACACAGAUUCAGAAGGAGGAAAAAGAUCAGGACCUGUACUAUCAUUACAGUGCCCACACCCAGAUAAGGUCAUUUCUUCAAUCAAGUUUGCAAGCUUUGGAACCCCACAUGGCAGUUGUGGAAGUUAUAGCCAUGGCAAAUGUAGCAGCACAAGUGCUCUUUCCAUUGUACAGAAGGCUUGUGUUGGAUCAAAGAGUUGUAAUGUUGGAGUGUCGAUCAACACAUUUGGUGAUCCAUGCAGAGGAGUAAAGAAGAGUUUAGCAGUAGAAGCAUCCUGUACAUGACAUGGCUCAAAACACUCGCUCCGUGUGGGACAUAAACAAAGCAUUGUCCCCAAGUAAUUGGCAAUUUUAAUAAGCAUUUAUGGCUGAUAAUGAAAGAAAAGUAUACCAGAAAAAGGAAAAUUGUCAAAAUCCAACCCCCAUUGUUUUACUCUGCAUAAAGUAUUACUGCCUCUUUAAAAGUGCUCUAGUAAAUUGUGCAAUAGGGGAAAAAAAAUGUCUUGCUGCGCAAUGAAAAUAUUGAAAUUGCAAAACUAGGGGACGAUAAGAUAUUUGAGUUUUCUGCAAACUGUUGAAAACUCCAAACGGGUGCAAUUAUUUGUCAUUCUUAUUAUAUGGUUAUUUUCAAUCUCUAUGAUAUAUAUGUUUCUCA